AUGUUCACCUACCUCGCCUUAAUCACGCUCUGGCUUCACGCCUCUAUACCUGUAACAGCCCAGGAGCAUACGGAGAAGGUCUGGGGAGUCUUCGCAUACACUGUUCACGGAGAUAGUACCCCCAAUGUUCUCGCAGAGGCCCACCCCAGGUUCUUAUCCGAUUAUGGAGCUAAUCAGCUCGCGGCCGCUGGAGCAGCUUUUCGUGAGCGCUACUUGUCAUCCGGGGGAAGCAUCAAUGUCUCGGAGUCUGCAAUUCAGUAUCUCUCUGCAACUGUUCUAGACUCGAAAGAUGUCGAUGUAUUCGCAACGACGGAUCAAUUCGUUAUUGCUUCGGCGCAAGCGUUCAUGCAGGGUUUAUACCCGCCGCUUGGUCAAUCUGGCCUGGUCCCUUCGGAUACUAUGGGCAACGGCUCGUCUGACUUGUCACCACUUGAUGGAUAUCAGUAUCCUCAAAUUGUUACGCUCGGCAAAGGUGAUCCGCAGUCUGUCAUGUUGGCUGGGCAAGGGAAUUGUCCCAUGCAUCAAGUGGCUGAAUCGGAGUAUCGAAAUGGGGACUAUGCACAGGGAAUCACGGAAAUAACGGAUGCAUUCUACGUGCGACUUUGGCAUGAAGUUCUAUCGGGAGUCUACGCCGAAUCAUCGGCCAGCUACAGUAAUGCGGUUGAUAUCUCCGACUACAUCGAGUACGAGGCGGUGCACAACAGUACCAUCCAAACCCAACUUACCGAGGCCGAGAUCAGACAGGCCCGUUGGUGGGCUGACCACUAUAUAUACGCUACGAAUGGCCAAUCUGAUUCCAACAGCCAAUCCACAAUUGGUGCCAUCAGCCCCAUUGCAGGUCAAACCCUGGCGACCAGUAUUCUACGUGCCUUCGACAUGAACAUCGAGGAAUUCGGCACAGGCCAGAAGAUGACCCUGCUGUUCGGCAACGACGAGCCCGCGGUAGCCCUAGCGUCCGUGCUUGGCCUGGCGUCGGAACAACGACCCAACUUCUAUUCCCGUCCUGUCCGCGGCGCAUCGCUAGUCUUCGAGCUGUACAGCUUUGAGGCUGACGAAGUAUACCCAACGUAUCCAGGCAGUGACAACUUGUUUGUGCGUUUCUUUAUGCACAAUGGCACAAAUGCAACCAAUUUCACGCCCUAUCCGCUGUUUGGAUAUGGCCCAAGCCACGAGUACAUCGCGUACUCGGAAUUCCGGUCCGAAAUCGAGACUUUUGCCGUACAGACAACGCAAGAGUGGUGUCUCCGGUGCAACUCGGCGGCUGUCUUCUGCAAUGGGGUCUUGGAUAACAGCGGAUCGGACUCCUCAAAGAAGAAGAAAGGAAUUUCUCCCGCCGUGGCUGGUGUAAUUGGAGCUGUGGUGACGCUCGCGGUGAUUGGAUUGCUCGCGGGCCUAGGAUUCUUCCUCUGGAGUAAGCGCAAGCGUCAGGGUAACCAUAAGCCAAGCCUUGGAGGGUUCAAGGGGACUGGCAAGCUUGCGAGUGAUACUGAUGUCACGUUCAGAAGCCCUAUCUGGGAUGCUUCAAAGUCCGCGCACGCGGAGCAGAGCGAUGACAUCGCCGGCGGUGUUGUCGUCCGCGGACACGAGCGAUUGGGAAGCUGGGAGAUGGGCCAGCAGAAGAAGGAGAUUGAGGAUGUUGACACGUCGAGUCAGCGUCACAUGUCGACUCUGGAGGACGAAAACGAAGACGAAUGGCGUAUCCACAGUGGUCUUCAACCCGUUAAGAUUCGGGAGAGUGUCUGA